AUGUCUUCCAAGGACUUCAUCAUCAAGCACAUGAACGCCGACCAUGCCGACUCCCUCCAGCUCUACCUGCAAGCAUACAACGGGAUCACCGCGCACGAAGCCCAGGGCGCCACUAUGCAAGACCUGACCCUCUCCAAUCUCAUCAUCACCGCCCGCGGCACCCGCUACAGCGUCCCCAUCCAACCCCCCAUGAAAGACUACUCCGAAGCCCGCGCGCGACUCAUCGCACUCAACAACGACAGCCUCCACCGCCUAGGUCGCUGGGACGUGACGCUCACCGAAUACCGUGCCCCGCGGGGCUAUCAGGCCGUCAUCUUCGGAUUGGUCGUCUUCACCUACGUGACGUGCUGGAGACGCAGCAAUCUCCUGCCUGGUGCGUUCGUCUACGAGAACAUGGGGUUCAAGUUCGUUCCGGACUUUGCGCAUUUUAUUUAUACAAUCUGGCCGGUAUUUUUCCCGGUUGUCGUUGGGAUUCAUGUUUUGGAGAGUGUGGCGUUGGCGGUGCUCAGGCUGAAGCCACUUGGAGUGGCUGUGGGAUCCAAGGUCUGGGCCAUGUGGAUGGGCUCGUGUUUCAUUGAGGGCUUUGGUUCAUUCGUCAGGAUUGGCCAGAUUGUGAAGGAGGAGAGGGCGAAGAAGAGUGGAAAGAAGCAUUGA